UUUAUCCAGGGUAUAAGACGGCAGAAGCGAACAAGUGGCAUAGGAAGAGAAUCGCGCCGGAGUGUCGAGCGAGCGCGAAGUAUACGAGAGGGAGUGUAUGAGAAAGGACCUGCAGACAGAAAGAAAAGGGAGGAGUUCAUGAUACACGCUUCGUAAUCUCCGCCGAGGUCGCUACACCGGCGAGUCUGACCAACCAACAAGGUCGACCGCAAAAUAGUUUCAACUGCCAAACGUCCUUGAUCCCUUAACGAAGAAGGGAAGAAGGAAGGUACAGAAGGAGAGAGAAAGAAAGAGGAACGAGCAGACGCGAAAGAAGAGAAAGCAAAAGGGAUAGACUAUCGCGUCUCGCGUUAAAGAAUCGAAGGGUCAGUUAAACAGGGUCGUCAAAACUCGCCUAACAUUUUCCUUUUGUCAAUUAUUACGAGUUGAUUGUGUCACCUCGAACUGGUGUGUUCAGUGUCAAGUUUUCGAACGUCGCGAUCACCGAGUUAUUGACACCGGGAUUAUUGAUGGUAAUUAAUUCUCGAUAGGAUUAAAUGACAUUUUCAAGGAGUCUAUCUUCGUUUUCAAAGUAAAAUCAAUUAUCAUGUUGCUGCAACGAUUACGCUGGCUAUUGCCGGCACUAAUCGUAUCUUUGAUGAAUCCGCAAUUAAGUGCGCCUUUACCGGCUCAUAAUGAACGUCCGCACAUACCUGUGAAUACAUUUGAUCCUAGCGUAGCUACUUCAACAAUGAUUCGCCAGGACUACAACAAACGUGUGCAUCCUCCGAAUGGCAAAAACGAUACGCAAUCCAGCCACAAACUGGUCGCUUCCCCGGCUGGACUUUUGCGGCCUGACAAGUUUCAGUUUUAUACUUACAACGACAAUGGUGAUAUGAUUACGCGGCAGAUGACCGCUCAGGAAAUUCAAGGUCUCAUCGCUGCAGGUGGCGCGGAUCACGUCCCGAUGGACAGACAAGAACCUCAAAAAGCCGAUGAUGUUCUGACGGGCGGAAAAAAGGUCAUGGAUGUAGUACAGAAGGUACAGAAUGUAUUGAAGAGCGCACUCGACAAACCACCGAUCUUAACGGGUUCGAUACCGAAGAUUCCGGAACACGCAAACGUCGAAUGGAGCAACAUUCUCCCUUCCAUUCUGUCCGGCGAGGCAGAUGCGAUUUCUCCAAACAGUGAAUCUAAUCAAUUAUUGCAUAAGCUUACAACAGAAAAGAUACAAAUAUCGUCGACUGAAAGCGCGAAUGUCGGAAUUAGUCUGAAAAAUCCAACAACGAAGAAGCCGGCGGUGUCAGACGUUCAGACAAAUGCAUACGCUGGUUUUACGAAUAACAAGCAUCAUAAUGAGAAACUGCAGCUUAGCCAUUAUUCGCAGCAAACAUCGGCUGAUAUUAUCACAGAGAAACCAAUGAUUCCAGUUCCAGUUAUUACCUUAACGGAACAAAAACUAUCUACGUUGCAUUCUGCCAUUACCGAAAGUCCAAUCUUCCAAAUGCUUAGUGUGAUCCCAGUUGAGAGUACUCAUAAGACGACGAGCCAGACCAAUUUGUAUGCAGCUGACAUCGAUGCCGCAAGUUUCGCCCAACCGUCUACUCAGAUCGAAGGAUUUAAUCAAACGGAACAGUUUGUCGAGAUAACUCUGUCGGAAGUACCUGAAGCUACAACAUUUUCGCAACCGACGAGCUUAGAUACGCAUCCUGUAAAUAUUACAAAGUCGACGACAACGAAUCCCGAUAAUCAAGCAAGUCAAGAAAUAAAAGUUCCGGUGAUCUAUUCGACAACCAUACCGAAUAUAUCGACGGAUGCUCCUACCGUUACAAAGCAGGCUGUAACAUAUGAGUCCAUUGAAGUGAAGAAUGCUGACAAGGUAUCUUCCUCUUCGAAUGCGAGUUACGUUCUUAUACAAGAUAAAAACAAUACGAAACAAUCUGAGGAUUUUUCAUUUAUACCCGAGAUUACGAAAGAAUCUCAAACGAACGUAACGUACAAUGAUGAUAAAAUAUUUUCACAAGCUAAUACUGUUACCUCGGAACCACUUUCUCACGCAUCCGUGCCUGUAAGAGAAGAAACUGCGUCUAACAAAAUCACGCAUUCACCAUCUACGUUCGCCACUGCUUCGACAAUCGAGGUCUCGACUGUUCCAACUUUGCUGCAUACGGAUUAUCAUCGCGAUGAAGGUUCCUCGAUAGUUACGAAAGAAUCCUCAAGCUCGAUUACGUCAACGUACACGGAAAAUUAUCUUAAUUCUCAAUCUCCAGCCGAGAUCCAGUCUUUGGAACUGAUGGAACCGCUGCCUACACAAUUGAUAGAUUCCUUUUCGAAUGUAAUGAAUCAAGUUUCGGAAGUAAGGCCCACCGUGUUAUCUCUAUCGGACGAGGCGCCGCCGGAAAUAUCGAUCAUAAAUAUUAAUUACAAUCAGAGGCGAAACGUAUCUGAUUCAGAUAAACCCGCAAGUGCUAAUGUAAAUACAUUUAUGUCUCACGAUACGAACGAGAUGAAUGUUGAACAUGUUAGUUCACAAACUUACAUAGUUACUACAGAAAUUCCGUCACAAGACGUUACUACUAAGCUUAUUGAUCACUCUAUCGCUCAACAGCCUGUCAAUACAAUGAAUAGAGAAUCAAUCACUGAUGCUUCCGCGAACUCUCGAAUUACGAUGACAACAUCGACAGCUUCGAUUAAGACCGAAACGACGAAUAACGAAAUAACGGCUAAUAAUAUUUUAGUCACGACGCCAGCUGGACCGAAUGUUGAAUUGAUUAGCACAAAAAUGGAAUCAACGGCAUCUUCUUCGCCUGUACAGAUUCAGCUCGAGAAGAUUCACGACGCUUCUUCGCUGGGAAAUCAGACCAAGACUCUCGCGACUCUCGAAACCACUACUGCUAUUAACGUAUUGACUUUGCAGAAACAAGCGAUCGAUCAAACUACAGAAUUGCCCGAAGAAAUUUUACCUGUCACUUCGACACUUGAUGUAGUAACUAAAACGCAAUCGACAACUGCAUCGAGUGAAUCUUUGAAUAAAAUGACCAGCGAAUAUUUCGAUAAUGUUUUCGCAAAUUUAAACUUGAGCAAUCCGGUGUCCGCUAUCGAUCAAGUAUUGAAUAUUGUGCCACAAUCGUUCAGCACUCCUGAGAUCGAGCCGAUCGGUUUACCGAGUGACACGACGAAUUUUGUAGCUAGUGAUUUAGCGAGUAGCCUUAUCGCCGGAUUUGCAACGAGCACAUCGGAAAGAUCGUCCCUCGAAGAAAUUAGUGAGAAUGAAACGGUUCAAAAUGCAUCGAAUAACGCGACAAAGUUUGCAGAAUCCACUGAAAGUAUCACUAAGAUAUACGAAGAAACUGUAAGAUUUAACGUAAGUGAGUACCAGGAAGAUAAAAAUAUUUUGCAAACGUCAACGCAAAAGACACUAACGGAACCGGCUAGAAACAGCACGAAAGAGUCAAAUGAUACAUUAAAACCAAUUAAAUUGUCAAAUAGUAAUGAGUCGAAUAUCGAUGAUCCUACGAAAGUAUCUUUAGCCACUUCGCUAAACAAAUUCGCGAAUGUUAGUGAUGAAUCAAAGGACAGCGUUGGACAGAGCACAAUUACUGAGGAAGUUGUCGCUGUAAAUCCUGAGCAAUCGUUAAAUAUUAAUACAACUAAUAAUCAGAAGAAAACAGAAAACAAAGAAAAGGUGAAAACGACAGAAGCGCCCAUUAUAAAGAUAGACGAAACUCCUGAAUUACCUGGGAAAAUUGAAUUAAUUGAUUCGGCUAACGCGAAUAAUACAAGAAAUUCAGUAAAUGCUUCGGUACACGCGGAGAAUAGUUCAAAAAUAGAAACAUUGAGCGAAAAGAAUGAAUCUUUUGUGAACGCUUCGUCAACAACGAAGGAAGCAGUUCAAUCUGCUAAUAAUUCCAAUUUUGAGUUCUACAGUUCACACAAGUAUAUUAAUAAUGUUACAGAUAUUAAUGUUUCGAACGUUACGUCUAAUACUCCCAUCAUAUCAAAUGAAAAUCCUGUCAAUCUUACGCUUUUGCAAAAUCGCGUUAAUAACACAACUGAUUAUAAAAAUAAAAAUAAAAAUAAUAUAAAUAAUAAUAAUAAUAAUAAUAAUUCUUUAUCUUCUCUAUCAAUCCAAGAACAUGUAAAAACCGAUCGUCCUAUUAUCGAAAUUGUGAAAAAACCAACAAAUGCAAGCGACAUCAAGGAAGAACUUUCUCAACCAAGUCCGAUUAAUAGCACAAACAAUUUGAAUUCUACCAAUAAUGCAUCAAAUCAAAAUAAUAAAGAUGUGACACAGAUCAUACCGGUAGUUAAUAGUUUUUCAUCGAUAAAGAAUGCAUCGAUUUCGCAGACUAAUUCAAAUAAUGACAGUAAACCCGCGUCGUUGAAACACUCAGAAAAUUUUUCGAAGCCGGAGGUAACACCGCCAUCGAUCCGACAGACAUCGAAGCCUACGGUUGGUCCUAAACUGUCGGAGAAGUCUAACGCCUCGAAGACCGAGAUGGACGGGGAGCAUAAGUGGACACUUAUAUCGCAACAAACCUCGCCGGUUAUGUCGAAGCCGCCGAAGCCACUGAGGAAGCCGGUCAAUCCCGUCCAGACUCAGUCGUCCGACUCGGUGAACGAGAGUGUCGAAAUUCGUCCACCGGGAAACGAAACAGAGGCGGUUCAUCAGUUCGAUCAGCAGGAUCAGCACACUUCGACGCAAUCCGUGCUACCGCUCUGGGACGCAUCGCAGAGCGCGAGCGGAUUAGAUGUCACUACAAAACACACGAGCGCCGAUAUCAUCAAUUUUGCCCGACUGUGCAACGAGCUGGCCUUCAAUUUCUGGGUAGCCACUAACAAGGGCCUGAGCACCGCGAGAUCACUGGCUUUAUCGCCGUUUGGUAUGACCAGUCUGUUGGCGAUGAUCUUCCUGGGUGCGCGUGGACCGACGUCUGAUCAGAUGAACGAGGUGCUCGGACUGGACGAUGUAGCCACGUUCAAUCCGCAUUUGGUGUUCCAGAAUAUAACCGACACCGUAAGCUUGGCUCGUAGUCAAGGUAUCGCAAACGCGGCCUUCGUUCGUGAGCUCUUCGCCGAUAAGAUGAAGGUCAGGAAGCUCAUGCCCUUCUACAAGGAGCAGGCCCAACAAUUUUACGAGGGUCUCGUGGCCGAGGUGAACUUUGCCACCAUCAGCGAUCUCGUUCGUAGAAGGACGAAUCUGUUAGUUAGAAAGCAGACGGGUGGUAGAAUCAAGGAUUUUGUCAAGACGAAUACGGUCCCGCUCAGGUCACCGCUGGCGGCGCUCUCUGCCAAUGUAUUUCAGACUGAUUGCAAUAGCACUCUGACCAGUUCCAUUGGAAGAGACGGCGAAUUGUAUUUUGCGGUUUCGCCAGCUGUCAGGCAGAGGAAACUCGUGCCGGUCCCAGCUACCACUUGGCGAUCAGGAGUCUUAGCCGGCUACGAGCCCAGUAUUGACGCUACCGCCGUCGCCCUUGGCGGAAGCGACAAAUUGGUUUCGACAAUUUUUGUGUUGCCAGGUCAACAGGGUCAUACCGCGCCUGGUGACACGCUGGAUCGUCUCGAGCAGCGUCUCGUUAGAAGCGCUUUCCGCGAUGGAGCCUGGAAUAAGCUCCUCAAGACCCUAAUACCGAGAAAUGGCUUGGAGCUGCAAGUGCCUAAAUUCAGUCACAGAUCUGUCGUCAACGCGACUGCCGCUUUGAAGAGGAUGGGUCUCGAUGAACUCUUCUCGGGCAACGCUGAUUUCAAGGGAAUCAAUGGCGUAGGUCACCGUCUCUACUUGGCCGAUGUAUUGCAGAUGAACCUGUUCAGUACCUGUGGCGAUGAGAAUAUUCUUAACGGUCGGCAUCACGUAGAAACGUAUCCUGCGAGCCCGUUAAGAAGUAUCAGACGACAAAUGGAAAACAUUGACAAUUUCGCCAACAUCUCUGAGGAGGAUGCGUCGAGAUACGGAGGGAUAACAUCUUCGCAAGAGAAUCACAUGGAUUCGUUCUAUAUGGACCAAUCGCAUAUGGAUCGAUUCUAUAGAGAGAAAAGACAGCCCUCUGGAUUAUCAGAGAGACCGAGAUUAAAGCUCGAUAGGCCUUUCUUAUAUUUUGUUCGACACAAUCCUUCCGGUUUAAUAUUACACAUGGGGCGUUUUAAUCCCCGAUUAUUACCUUAGAUAAAAGUUCACAUCGACAAUGCCAUUAAUUCGAUCCUGUUCCUUCUAUUCGACGUCUUAUUUCUGUGAACUCUUGUCGGGAAAACAGCUGAUUCUCUCGAUGCAUUGCUCAAAUGACGUUUUUUCCUUUUCUCUCUUUUUCCCUCUUUAUCAAUUUAGCACGUUGUAGCGGUCCAGGAUGUAUACUUGGCAUGUUCUAGAAAAUUUGUAAACAAUUUCGUUUAGAAUUUACUUAAUAGCUUCUUCAUUGUCCUCUUAUCUAGAAGUAAGAUAUUAGCACGAUAUCGUUUGUUCCAUGCUAAUAUAUGUAAAACAAACCGAGACAGAGAUAUGUGGGUCGUAUUACUUUAUGAUACAUUUAGGGAGUGGUUAAACGCAUAAAAAUAAUAGACUGAAAAAAAACGGAGAAAAAAAGACAAUUUCGAAAUCUUAAUCGCGGUCCAAAUGGUCAUUAUAUUUUAUGUCUACAAGUAAAUUACGAUUAUGAUACGAUCACUGAUGAAUAUUUAAUAGCAACUUUCUGUCGAUAAUCUAUUUGGACCCUGAUUGACAUUACGCAUCCUUUUUCAUAUAACUAACAAUUGUGAUAUAACUGAGCGUUGAGAAUUUUUUGUACAUUUCGUAGAAUUAAUUUGUUAUAGAAUAUACGCGUUCAAUGCCACGUAUAUUGUAUAUGAAAAAAAAAUCAAAUGUACUUUUUUAACAUGGACAAGUGUCGAAAAUCGAUGAUGCGUUGAAUAAAAAGCAUAACAUUCUCGUUUA